AUGGACGAGGAGUGGGCACACACACGAGUCAAACCUGAGGACCUAAAGGUGGGGCUCAUCAGCUGGGCAGGAAACUAUCUAACCUAUGAGACAUGUAAGAACAGAAUCCACGCGACUGCCAAGGGUUUGGGCCGAAGACAGACCUGGGAGAUCCUGGUGAGCAAUGAGCAUGAGAACCAGGCCAUGGUGCGACUGAGGAGCUUGCAGGGUUUCUUCCUGCUGUGUGAGGCUGACGGCUCCGUCUGCUACGGUCGGCCCAAGACCAGCCACCACGGAUGUUUCCUGCUUCGCUUUCACCGCAACAGCAAGUGGACACUGCAAUGCAUCAUCAGCGGGCGCUACCUGGAGUCGGACGGCGAGAUGGUGUUCUGCCACUCCCGGGUGCUCUCUGCCUACCACAUGUGGACCCCCCGGCCGGCCGUGCAUGUCCACGUGGCCCUCUACAACCCCUUCACCAACUGCUAUGCCCGAGCUGACUCCAGCGUGGGUCGCAUCUGGGUGGACGCGCCCAUUCCCUGCCAAGAGGAAUGCGGCUUCCUGCUGCAUUUCCAAAACGGCUACUACCACCUGGAGACCUCGUCGCACUGCUUCGUGUCCCACCUCGACCGGCUGGCCUCCCACGCCUCCGCACAGACGGCUUUCCACAUGCAGGUGCGGCCCGGAGGGCUGGUGGCACUGGGCGAUGGAGAAGGUGGCACGUUGUACCCACAGGGCACCCAUCUCCUCCUGAGCCUGGGCCCCAGUCCCUGCAGGAGGGAGGAGUGGUUUCUCCUCCAGCGCUGCCCGACCUGGAUCACCCUCCGCUCAAAGACUCGGAAGUUCCUCUCCGUUAUCUACGACGUUGAGGUUUAUGCUGCCUCUGAGCACGUAAGUCCGCUGUCCCUGUUCCAGUUUGAAUGCGACAGAAAUGCCCCCAAUUUGCAGCUUCGUUCAGCCAACGGCUACUACGUGGCCCAGAGACAUCACAGAACUGUGAAGGCUAAUGGGCACCCAAUGGAGGCUGAGACCCUCUUCCGUCUGCACUGGAAUUGUGGCAAGAUGAUCUUGCAGUCUCUCAGUGGGCGUUUCCUGGGCAUCAUCAACAGUGGCAUGUUGGUGGCCAAUGCCACCAUUCCAGGCCCAAAUGAAGAAUUCGGGUUUCGGUUUGCCAACCGUUCCUUCCUCAUACUGCGAGGUCGGUAUGGGUAUGUGGGCACCUCAUCAGAUCAUGACCUCAUGCAGUGCAAUAUGGAUGAACCCGACUGCAUUCAGCUGUUGCCCUGCCGGCAAGGCAUCUACCACUUCCAGGCACAGGGUGGAUCCUUCUGGUCAAUUACAUCCUUUGGGACCGUCCGUCCUUGGGGAAAGUUUGCUCUCAACUUCUGUAUAGAGCUUCAAGGGAGCAACUUGCUCACGGUUCUGGCACCCAAUGGCUUCUACAUGCGAUCUGACCGAAGUGGCACCCUCUUGGCAGAUAGCAAAGAUAUUACCAAAGAGUGUAUUUGGGAAUUUUAG